AAAUUUCAUAGGGGGUUUUGGUCUUUGAUUCUUGUGAAACAAAACCCUUGCAGAGCUGCGAACUGUGAGAGACCUCUUGUUCAUCGGCGCCCCCAUUUAAGAAAUCCAGAGAUCGAUUCCACCAUUCAGAGAUGGUAUUAUGUAAUAAAAAGCUGAAGGAAAAGAUAAGAUCUAUUCUAACUGAAACUUCAAUAGAGAAACUAGAUGUAAAAUCACCUAAAGUAUCAGUGAAGAAAAAAGAUAUAGAAAACUCAGAGAUUCAAUCAUUGAAAGUUGUUUUAGAUACUAAAACAAAGAAACGGAGAUUGUCACUGAGAGAGAAAAACAAAAAAGAUGUACCAUUUGAGGUAAUCCAUGAAGGAACUAAUGAUGAUACAAAGAAGGAGAAUAAGAAACAAUCUGGUUUAGUAGAGUUGAAUGAUGGUGAUGAGAAAAAGGAGGAGAAGAAGAAAAAGAAGAAGACUAAGGAUGAUGCAGAAGCUGAGGAGAAAGAAAAGGCUCGUUUAGAAGCAGCUGAGAAGAGAUUGAUGGAGAAGAGGGCGAUUAGGGAGAUGAGAAGGAAGAGGAAGAGAGAGGAAUUGGAAGAAGGCGAAGGUAAAGAAAAGAAAGAAAAUGGUGGUGGUUUGGAAUCAGCUGAAAAGAAAAAGUCAGUCGUAGUGAAUAAGAAGAAAAAGAAGAAGAAGAGAAAGACAAAGACAAAGAAAAAGAAGGUAAGUAAGGAUGCCGCUGUUGGUGAUGAUGAUAAGGUGAUUGUGGAUGAUAAGGUGGUUGUUGUUGAGAAUAAUGUAGAUACAAAAGAGGAGCCCAUGAAGAUUGAUGAGAGCCAAGAAAUUGUGGAAAUAGCUACAAAAGUGUAUGUUGGUGGCAUCCCAUACUACUCAACUGAAGAUGAUAUAAGGAGUUUCUUUGAGAGUUGUGGAACUAUAACUGAACUCGAGUGCAUGAGCUUUCCGGAUACUGGGAAGUUUAGAGGGAUUGCCAUGAUCAGUUUCAAGACUGAUGCUGCAGCAAAGAGAGCCUUAGCUCUUGAUGGAGCUGACAUGGGAGGACUGUUUCUGAAAAUCCAACCAUAUAAAACUACUACAUCUCGGCCGCAGAAAUCAUUGUCAGCUGAUUUUGCUCCCAAGAUAGUGGAGGGCUAUAACAGGGUCUAUGUUGGGAAUCUAGCAUGGGAUAUAACUGAAGAUGAUUUGAAACAACUAUUUAAAGGGUGCAAAAUAUCAUCUGUUCGGUUUGGAACAGACAAAGAAACAGGUGAAUUCCGAGGAUAUGCACAUGUGGAUUUUGAAGACAGUUUGUCUCUUGCGAUGGCGUUGAAGCUUGAUCAGAAGGAGGUGUGCGGACGACCUGCUAGGAUAAGUUGUGCAGUUCCAAAGAACGAAGCGAAGGCGGGUUCAAAACCUUUAGGCCCUCAGAUUGUGAAAGCUGAAAACGGAAGUAUCAACCAAGUUACAAUUGAUAAGAAGGCUGUGAAUGAAAGUAGUAUCCCCAUAUCUGAGGCGAAGGUUGAGAAUGAAAAUGGUAAUACUUUGACCUCCUCAGUUAGUGGUGUGAAGAAGAGGCGAACAUGCUGUGAGUGUGGGGUUGCAGGCCAUAUCUCCUCAGAUUCUCCUAUGAAGAAGCAAGCUGUUGACACCGUAAACAUGGAAAUGGUGGAGGAAGAGACCAGUUAUCCCAUGUUCAUUAGUGAGGAGAAGUUUGCGAGUGAGACUAGUAAUACAGUGAGCUCCACAAAGAGUGGUGUGAAGAAGCGACGGACAUGCUAUGAGUGUGGAAUUGCAGGCCAUAUAUCCUCGGAUUGUCCUCAGAAGAACCAAGCUGGUGACCCAGUGAAUAAGCCACAGGUUAUUGAGACCAGUUAUCCCAGAAAUGAGGAGAGGGUUGAGAAUGAGAAUAGUAACACUAUGAGCUCCGCAAAGAGCGGUGGGAAGAAGAGACGAACAUGCUAUGAGUGUGGGGUUGCAGGGCAUAUCUCAACAGAGUGUCCAAAGAAGAAUCAAGCUGUUGACCCCAUAAAUAAUGUUAAGGUUGAUGAUGAGAGUAGUAACCCCGUAGCUAUCGAGAAGGUUCAGGCUGCUUGUAGUUUACCAUUAAAUAAUGAGAAAGUCGAGAAUGACAGUAGUAAUAUUGUGGCGUCCACGAAAAGCAGCGGGAAAAAAAGGCGAACCUGCUACGAGUGUGGUGUAUCUGGCCAUAUCUCCACAGAUUGUCCGAAGAAGCAGCAAGCUGCUUGAUGAACAGUGAAUUCGAGUUGAUUUUUUUUGUUCAUUAUUUUAAUUAGAGUUUUAUUCUGUACUCAUCCUAAGGUGGAAACAAUUUUGUUUUUCCAAUUUCUUUCACACCUGCCAUAUUGUUUGACGUUACUGUCAACGUUUCGUGGACACGUCACUGAAGUAAGUCGAACGAUGCUGGCCAACAGGAUUUAUUUUUGUUUUUUUGUCA